GGGCAGCGGCUCUGUGGAAAGAACUUCCGGGUGUCUGCGCGCGGGCCGGAAGCGGCGCGUACUUCCGUUCGUGGCGGCUGGCGGCACCAUGGAGGCCGCAGCCGAGCGGCGACGGGAGCGGCGGCGGUGGGAGGUGGCGGUGAAGGCCGAGAAGCGGAGCCCGCGGCGUUCCGGUUCCCGUUCGGCGCGUGGCAGCCAAUCACCGCCGGCCGAGGAGCGGCGGGGCAGCCGCGGCAGGAGCAGCAGAUCGCCCAAAAGGAAGAGCAAAUCCGGCCGGAGGAGCAAAUCUCCGCGCGGCAGACGGAGCCGGAGCCCGCAUCACGGCGCUGUGAGGGUAAAGCAGGAACGAGAUGAUCAUCCUCGUAGAGGAAACGAGGAGCGAAAGCAGAGACACACAUCAGAGCAGGAACACAGGAGAGACAGAAGCGGUGAGAGAGACAGGCACAGAGAUCACUCAGACAGGAGGAAAAAUCCAAGUGAAAGGCCUGGAGGUCGAGGCCACGAGCGAGAGAGAGAUGUUCAGAACAUCCGUGAGCAGCAAGCAGAGAGGGAGUUCUAUAAUGAGAAAAGACGAGAGCAUCGACAGAAUAACGAGGGGAGCGGUCUUGACCAGAAUCCAGAACACAGGCAAUCUGAUAAUAAACCAAAAGAUAAAGCUGUAAACAAAGAAAAACCAAGCUUUGAACUGUCUGGUGCCCUUCUGGAGGAUACCAACACUUUCCGAGGCGUUGUGAUCAAGUACAGCGAGCCCCCAGAAGCUCGGAUUCCAAAGAAACGAUGGCGCCUCUAUCCUUUCAAAAAUGAUGAGUUCCUGCCAGUCAUGUACAUUCACAGGCAGAGUGCUUAUCUGCUGGGCAGGCACCGCAGGAUAGCAGAUAUCCCCAUCGACCAUCCCUCCUGCUCCAAGCAGCAUGCUGUGUUCCAGUACCGGCUUGUGGAGCACACUCGUGCUGACGGCACAGUUGGCCGCAGAGUAAAGCCGUAUAUAAUUGAUCUUGGCUCUGGCAAUGGUACUUUUCUAAACAACCAGAGGAUUGAGCCUCAGCGUUACUACGAACUGAAAGAAAAGGAUGUACUGAAAUUUGGAUUCAGCAGCAGGGAGUAUGUUCUUCUCCAUGAAUCUUCAGAUAAAUCUGAGGCCAAUGCAAAGGACGAUGAUGAAGAGGAGGAGAAGGAGGAAGAGUCUGACAGUUAACAGAUAAGAAGGAAAUUGGGGAUGGGGUGCAGGGGAGAGAAAUCUUUUUCAAUAAAACAUGCAUUGGGAUGUAAACGUUGGAGCAUCAAAGCACUGAUGCUUCUUACUGCCUUAAAGUCCUUCUUCUGUUGCUGAAUGGUUCUCAUGAUUUAUUUCGGGGGACUCCAUUGAAUAUUUGUCUCUGAUAGGUCUGCGUAUCAGGAAAUCCACCUUAUUUUUCCCACCCUGACAAGCAAAAAAGAGCACCUGGAUGUGAAUGUUCUGAUGCUGGAAACAUUCAGCAAAUGUUCAAAGACUUUCUUCUUCUAGAAAAAAUGAUGUAGAACGCAGCAAGCGUAUUUAAAAAUAUUUUUAUUAACUGUUUUGUCAUAACCCUUUGAAAAUGCUACUGAACUGAGAUCUUAGUUAAAAUGUAACCUGAUGCAUUUUUUGUAACCUGUCUUGUUUGGUAGAGUUUGCCAAAUUCCUUGGCCAUUUAGGAGUUCUAGACAGGAGAAUUUACCUAAAGAGAAAUACUGCAAAGCCCCCUAGGUAUUUGUGUGUCCUGGGUAGUUGGUUUGCACUGUGAGCACUCUGAGCAAUGGGCAUUUCACCAGGAUGUGCUGUUCCAAGGUAAGUCAAAAUAAAAGGAACUGCUUCCUGGGGUGUUAGGCUGCAAUAAUAUGGCUUCGGAGGGCUGAGGUCUACAUCAGUGCAUGUCCAGUAUGCAUUGCAGCAAAGAAUACAGCAGCUGUUACUGGAUGUUGAGUUUCUCCUCCUAAAGCUCAGGCCUUUGUUUCUGUCAGCUCCAUGAGAAACUUAAAUGUUUUUGUUUGUAAUUGUACUUGUUAUGUGGUGGCAUGUUUUUUACUGGUUUGCACUAUUUAAGUUUUCUUUAUAUUAAAAAAAAAAAAAUAAAAAAUUAAACUAUCAUUGGUUUAUAACAUUCUCCCCCACUGGAAAAGAAACCAACGCUUCAGGAAGAGGAAAAAAACCAAUUCCACUACUGAAAGAAAAUGCAUCUUGCCUGUUUGUGGAUGUCUUCUUCCUACUGUUGAUAAAAGAAUCGUAAGACUUUCUACACUGUUGACUGCUUAGCCUGGAUGUUUGUUCCGUGGCCACACACACUGUUCAUACAUGCUGUGUACAUACACUGUGUAUACAAACGUGGCAUACUGGAACAUUUAUUGUGUAAAUAUGGGGUGCUGAUGUAGGUUUUCAAAUAGUAAGGAGAAUGGAUAUCGACUAGAAGGAUCUUCUUUAUAUAUACACACUCUAUAGGUUUUUAAAUAAAGAAUUUGUAAAUUUAGCCCUAUUUACUUUUAGUUGUAAUGUUUUUCUAAUGUCCUGUUUUCCCCCUUUGUAUUCUCUGAAAUAGAUGCACUCAUUUGGUUUGAAAGGGAAAGGUGGGAGAGAUGCUCACCCUGGUUGCAGUUGUUAGAGGUUUAACAGUUGUAAUAGAACUCACAAAUCGUUGUAACUCAUGCAGAUGUUUGUUACUGGAGUAUUAAUUAUCCUUCAGCAGGACAGGAUGGACUCAGUGACACCUGGUGUGGUGGUAUGGCUGCAGCUGCCUCGCUGGCAUACAAUGCAGUGCUGUGAGUGCAUCUCUUCCAGGUUGGGCUGUGUGUGUCCCUGUGAAGGAAACACCAAAGUGACCCUGGCAGUCCUCAGCUAUGGGGGAAUGCUGGGGGUUGCUGUGCUGGUAUAGCAGCACAACCAUGCUCUUCUUUUGCUGUACCACUGCUGAUGAUUUGCCUGGCAGGGGAGCAUAGGCUGCUGAUGGUGGGACUGCACUGCACCGAGUGGUGACAAAACCAACUGAUCUCAGGUCAGGUCUCAUCAUUUAUUGCCUUCAUUUUGGUGCAAGUUUUCCUUAUUCAGGUUCUGAAGCUGGGUGGGUUCUCUGGAACAGUGGAGAGAACUGAGAGCCCUGCCUUUGGGCUGCUAGUGGGCAGAGGGGUUCGGCCUUGGGUUUGGGGUUGGUCUUGUUG